CGAUUAUAAGAAGAAGAUUUUUUUUCGGUAAAGGCAUCAGUUUUCGAUUAGUUUUUCAACUGGAAUAAUCCGAUCAACCAAAAAAAUUCAAUAUGAAAGUAGUAAUUGCCUUAUUCGCUCUCGUGGCUGUAGCUGUCGCUGCCCCUCAAAACCCUGACGCAGCUGCUCAAGUACUCAAAUACGAAAGCGAAAAUAUUGGAGUUGACGGAUACAAUUUUGGAUACGAAACUAGCAACGGCAUUUCUCAUCAAGAACAAGGCGAACUGGUCAACCCAGGCGCUGAAAACGAAGCUGUAGCUGUUCGUGGGUCGUACCAAUACACUGGACCAGAUGGAGUUUUGUACAGCGUCACUUAUAUUGCUGAUGAAAAUGGUUUCCAACCUCAAGGCGCUCAUUUACCCGUACCUCCUCAAUAAAAUUAGUUAGUUUUUUAAUGAAAUAAAAGUAAAAUCCAAA